UGGGAAAACUGAGUAUCAGACCACAAAAACCAAUAAAGCAAGAAGAUCAACAUCCUUUGAAAGAAGGCCCAGCAAACGAUAUUCUCGACGAACUCUACAAAUGAAAGCAAGUAUAACAAAACCUGAGGAACUCAGUGUUCACAGUAAUGUUUCAACACAGAGUAAUGGCUCCCAGCAGGCUUGGGGUGUGAGAUCUACUCUUCCUGUGAUUCCUUCCAUUUCCUCUGGUCCUGUGCUGGUGGAGAUAGAGAAUCUUCCACGGAGUCCUGGAACAGACCAGCAUGACAGGAAAUGCCUCCCUCCGAAUAUUGAUUUGCUAGAUGGCCCAGACUUAUUGGAAACAAGUAUUGGUGAUGUAAUUGGGCCAUCUGACACUAUGGAAACAUCCCAAGUGGCUGAUGAAGCUAAUGUAGCCACCAGGCAAACUGGAUUAGAGGAACCUGAAGUUGAAUGUAGGACAUUGAAAGAUGCCUCAGAGAAGCUAAAAGAACUUGAGAUGGAGAACAGUCCUUUGUCGUCACCUCAAUCCAACAUCAAUGUUAAUGUCAACAGCCAGGAAGAAGUGGUGAAGUUAACUGAGAAAUAUCUUAAUAAUGCCAUUGAGAGCCCAGGUUUGAAUGCCAUGAGAGUUCCUCCUGACUUUAAGAGUAACAUUUUGAAGGCUCAAGUGGAAGCAGUGCACAAGGUUAUGAGAGAAGAUAGCUUAUUAAGUCAUAAAAAUGCCAAUUUUGAGGAUACUGCCACAAACAGUGCUGUAUUAAAUGAGAAUAAUGUGCCCUUUUCCAAACAUUCUCUUACUCUGAUGCAUACUACACCUGCAGACAGUGGUUCUGUUCUAAAGGAUACCACAGAGGAACUGGAUGCCUUGCUCUUGUCACUCACAGAGCAUCUGAUGGACCACACAGUCACACCUCAGGUGUCUUCAGCAACCAUGAUCACACCCCGAUGGAUUGUUCCACAGAGUGGUGCCAUUUCUAAUGGACUUGCAGGGUAUGGAACAUUUUCGGCAGGGAAGGAAGGACAUGGUAAUAAGGAUGGAGUCUCACUGAUCUCUCCCCCAGCACCAUUCUUGGUAGAUGCUGUGAUCAGCUCUGCUCCAACUUUGGUUGAAGAAGAAACCAUCUUAAAGCAGAAGUGUUUGCUGACAACUGAACUCUAAGGGACUGCCCAUCCCCACCUGUAACUGGAAUGCCUAGCACUCUUCAGCAGUCCGUCCUGGAGUCUAUUCCAGCUGGAAUGUGUUGGAUUCAGGAACUUGUCCUUUACUUGUAGGUAAAAAACCUCUACCUAGCUUGACUUCAACUCCAUGAAAAAAUAGCUACAUUUUCCGUCCAACUGGAAGGGUUUAAUCACACCGCAUAUCUACCCAAAUGAAGAUAUCUGGGUCUUUUACUUUCUGUAAUUUUGUUAAAGUUACAAAUUACUGAAAUAAGGGAAUUACUUUCCCUGUAGUUUCCUUCAAACACUUGGCUCCACCUAGUGGUUGUAAUUUUUCAUAUUUAUAACAAGACCCCCUCUGGUAGUCAGCAGACCUUUGGAUGCUAUUUCCCUCUCUAGUGUCAGGGCGAGCACCCUUGAUCUGAAUGCCUGUUAGAGAAAUUGUACUUUUUCAUGCAUUACCUGGAAAUCAGGAACUUAGGAAGUUAAUCUGGGUACUGUGUAGGUGGAUUCAGAGCCAGCUGCUUUACAUUUACUAAAAUACUAAAUAAAAGUUUAGAAUACGGAGGGCUUUUAAA